UGGGUUUUACAGUGAGGGGAAAAAUGCAAGUAUGUUAACUUUAGUAAAAAUCUAAAUGAUUAUGGGUUUAAUAGAAAUCUGAAGCCUUCAAAACACACAAAUACCAUUUCUUAUUCAACCACUGAGGCGCCACUCAUUUUUACACAGACAUUGAAUAAGUUAACAGCAUGACCAUGACUUGCAGAACAUCUCUCUUGGGUUGAACGCAUAAAAGAAAGCCAAAGACACAAACUUAGGAGGGAAAAAUCUGUCCACUGACUGUCAGAAAUAUUGUAAGAUGCGUUCAAUUGUGUCCUUCUAUUUGCUGAGUGUGUGGCUCAGUUUUUUGUGUGUGAUUUUUGUGUGGCUGUGGAGUGGGACGUGGAGGGGAGGAUUUGCUUGGGACGGUUCUUUUCUGCAGUUUAACUGGCACCCAGUACUGAUGGUGACGAGUCUUGUGGUGCUGUAUGGAAAUGCCAUCGUCCUGUAUCGUGUUCCUCUGACCUGGAGCAGAUGGAGGUGUAAGUUAUCCCAUGCAGGGCUGUUGUCUGUGGCUGUGGUGUUAUCUGUGCUGGGCGUGUGUGCAGCGUUUGAUUUUCACCGUGGCAACAACAUCCCUCAUCUGUAUUCAUUACACAGCUGGAUUGGGAUCUCCACAGUGGUCUUAUUCACUCUGCAGUGGUUUGGGGGUCUUUGUGCCUUCUUGUUACCCUGGACCCCUUUGGCUUUUAGAGUCUUUCUGAAACCUCUCCAUGUCUGGAUGGGAACUGCCAUCUUCAUCCUGAGUCUCAUCGCCAGCCUGUCCGGGAUCAAUGAGAAACUACUGCUGACACUAAAUGGGAGAAAUGGAAGCAAUACAGAACCAUAUACGGCGCUGCCUGCUGAAGCUCUGUUUGCAAACUCAUUAGGCAUUUUAGUUGUUAUUUUUGGACUGGUAGUGCUGAGAAUUCUGUCCAAUCAUAAAUGGAAGAACCCACAGUUUGAAAAUGAAUCUGACAGGCCUUUGCUGACAGAUGCCAGAUGAAGAGAUCAAGAAGAAACUGCGCAUCGGAAUUCAGCUUAUGUUUACAGCUUUUACAUCAAACCACCUUAGUGUCCAUUUGACAGACUUUUAGUAUACCUUGUCAGUUAGAGACAGACCUCUUGUGGUUAGCAAGAAAAUUGCAAAACACUUAUAAUAACAGACUUAUUUUCUUUAGCUGUUAAUCAUUUGAUGUGAGUUUAUGUAUUUUGGUUUUGUGUAUAUUUGCAUGCGUUUUAUGUACAGAACUUUGGUAAUCAUUGUGGUUUGUGAAAGUGCUAUAGAAAGUGAGUUGAGUUGAGUUAGCAAGGAAAUUGCAAGAAAAUGUAACUCAAUAAACCGUUCUGUGUACAAAGAA